UAUAGGUUACUUGCGCGUGAUCUUGCAGCCGCGCGCCGGCACGCUCAUCGUGCAGAUGCGCGCGAGCCGCCCGUCCACGCGGUUCUCGCAGGUGCCGCACUGGCCGUUCUCACAGUUAAAUUUGAUCGGCGCCCGCGCCGCGCGCACGACGUCCUUGAGGCGCUGGUUCGGGAGCGCCUGGACCGUCCUACUACCGAUCGUCACGGGCACGGUCUUCUUGGCCGGGGCGCCGCCGGCCUUGGGUUUGUUGUCGAAGGACUCGUUCUUGAAGGCGUUGUCGAAGAAGCCAUUGACUGGGGUGAGCGGCCGUCGCGGCGAGUUCGGGGGCACGAGCGCGGCGGCGGUCGCUGCCAUCACGACGAGGGCGGCGCGACGCAUGCUGGGGUUUGCUGGGGAGCUGCUGCGGGUACGUCGUACUCGCCCUGGGGUUUCGGACCAGCGUUUUGGCGCGCUCAGACCAGCGUUUUUGCGCUUGAAGACACUGAGUCGUGGCAACGCGCUUUUGGCGGGCACGCGCUGCGUGCAACAGCAGUGUCAGGGCUCGGUGCGGGCGGCGGGGGUCUGGUUUGUCUGCUGGUGAGCUGGCUGGGUCCAACAAUGCCUGAGGACCGAGUCUGCGUCAACAGAGCCGCCCAACCUCGGCAUCGAGGUGCGCGUGCGGCCAUCUCCGCGCGCGUAAACGCAAAACGCACCCUCUAG